AGGCGAUCACGCAGCAUAAUGAAACACACCAGGGACACCGAAAGGGAGAGAGAGGACUCAUCCAGUCAGCCAAGUCGUUUCCUAGCUAGCUAGCAAGACACAAUCCAUCCAUCCAUCCGUGACCGGCCAUGAGAUUAUCAGACAGACCGACAGCUGCACACACAUGGAUCGAUCGAGCAGGCCAACCGUUCACAAAUCACACACAUCCACACACACGUCCAUGAAUGAUGCGAUGCAUCCUACCAUCCGGCCGGCCGCGCAAACUUAUGGACAAGGCAGCCAGGCACCCAUGCAGCGAACGAAUCCAUGUGUGUUGUGUUGUUGUGUAUGUGUGACCUCCUCCCCCCCCCUCUCUCUCUCUCUCUCUCUCCCUCUCUCUCCUCGCCCCUCUGUCUACCUGUAGGAAGUCCCCUGUAUGUACAUAUUCAUCCGUUGGCUGCAACAGACACCACACAAACGCACACACACAACAGGCGGGAAGCCAUAAAUUGACAAGCGGGGGCGCUCUUACUUACCACGCAUUUACCCUCCGCUGCGUCGCAAACGCAGCCGGCUCUUGCUUCGGAGCGGAGGCGACCGCAUUCAGCUCCAUCAAUCCUCAGAGUUCCAUCCUCCCGGCCCUGGCACUCUUGGUUAUUGUACUCGUUCGUGCACGCUGACGCACACACUCACAAACACACGAACGAGCGCAUGAAUGGAGUCCGCACAUAUCAUGAGUUAGUUCGUUACGUACGAUUGUCGUCCUGCUCGGCGCUGCGGUCCACUUCGAGCGACUCGAAGGCAUCCCACACUGCCUCGCUCGGGAGAUCAGCCGGGAAGUUCCUGAGAGAGCAAGAGAGUGAGGGAAUGUGCUGUCGCCCUCGGCUCACUUACCGUGGCCCCUUGGUGAUGGAUGCCAUCUGUCGGUGGGCGCUGUUGAUGCUGUCGAGGGCGGUCUGGGCCAUCUUGUUGGCCUCGUCGCCCAUCUUACGGGCCGUGUCGCCCAUCUUGUUGGCCGCCACCAUCAUGGUUUUGGCCUGCUGCACCUGCUGCUGCGCAAACGACAACGCACCUACACACACACAACACACAGACGCACACGCCAUGGAGCACAGAUGCAUCCAUCCAUAGAUGCAUUCCAUCCCUUACCUGUCUUGCUAUGGGUGCAGGUGGUCUCCAGGUGGGAGAUCUCGCCACUACGCCCGACAAACGACGCACCUGCACACAGCGGACAGGUAGGUCAGCCACAUGUGAGCCAGGAGUGAUGUGUGGGCCAUAGAUCUCCGUCGCGCAGGUGCAUUCGCCCACCAGAGAGGUCGGUAUCGCAGUCUUUGCCAACGCAGUCGCCCUUGCGGGUGGCAGAGUCCACCACCACAGCCGAUACGGUCGCCAACGCAAUGAGGACCGCAUACUUGCUCGCCAUGACCGUCAUCGCUGCCAACAAGCCACUACUUAUCGCUAUCUCGGAUGCGCAAACGUCAGCAAACGAUGCGCACACUUUCUCUCAGCAAACGCAGAGAAAGCGAGAGAUUUGUGGGGAAACUCGCUU